CUCGAGCACGCGAUAUACAUACACGUCCUGCGUGUAUAAUGCCAUGAUGUCGUGCUCGACAAGUACGUCCACGACGACUGCAGGUGCACGCUAUGCAUCGAUGGCAACGGCAACGGUAGCGCUAUGACUAUCACAGGCAAAAAGUACGUAGAUUGCGCGCUGCUGCAAGGUGGUGGCGGUAGUGCAGAGGCAGCCGAGGAUUCGUCCUACGACAGCGAUUACGAAGCCGAGGACAACAAUGUCAAUCAACAGGUGAAGCAGCACUCGAAAGUGUCGCGCACGGCUUCCGACACUUUGGCUGCUGAAUUUGCCGAAUACGUUUCCGUUCAUACUAAUGCAAACCUUUCGCAAACUCCUGGGUACACAGCACGAGUAGAAUUCGCACUAAAACUCGGUUACACUGAGCGGCUAGUCCAAGCAGCAUUGCAAAAAUUAGGUCCAGAUCCAGGUCAAAACGAAUUAUUAGCCGAACUUAUCAAACUUGGAGCGAAUACAGCACCGAAACUAGCCGACACAGCUGAGGAUGGUGAAGUAGUUUUGCCAGACUGCGAUAGCUCGACGAGCUCUUCGUCGUGUCAAGAUGAAACGGCAACGGAAAUUGGUCUAAGACCGGUUGUCAUCGAUGGUAGUAAUGUUGCUAUGAGCCAUGGCAACAAGGAAGUAUUCUCGUGUCGUGGCAUAAAAAUCUGUGUAGAUUGGUUUCGCGCGAGAGGUCAUCGUGAAAUCACUGUGUUCGUACCCAAAUGGCGAAAGGAAUCUUCGAGACUUGAUAAUCCCAUUGCCGAUCAGGAGAUACUUGGCGAGCUAGAGCGAGAUCGUCUUCUCGUUUUCACACCGUCGAGAUUGGUCGGUGGUAAGCGGAUGGUAUGCUACGACGAUCGUUACAUUCUCAGACUUGCAGCAGAACUCGACGGCAUUGUCGUCAGCAACGAUAAUUAUCGAGAUUUGGCGCAAGAGAGCCCGGAAUUUCGCAAAGUCGUGGAGGAACGUAUUCUCAUGUACAGCUUUGUCAACGAUCGAUUUAUGCCGCCUGAUGAUCCACUUGGACGCAGUGGGCCUAUUCUCGAUCAUUUUUUGAGAAUUGGGCCAAAACGAACGGAACCUGCGCCACCAUGUCCUUAUGCUAAAAAAUGUACGUACGGCAACAAGUGUAAAUUUCGCCACCCAGAGCGUGGCCCCCACCCGCACAAAUCAGUGACCGAGCGAUUAGUCGAGCAUGCUCAGCGACACUUGCAAGCUCGUGGACCAAGUCUAAGUGUACCAUUAUCAGUGAACACUCAACAUUCAUCUCUCGUGAAAACUAAAUCUUGCGACGUGACCAAAUCCAACUCUGCUGAGAAUUACGCACAGACAACUUAUAAUGCAUCGUCACUGGGAUGGACAGCACCACGAGUACAAAACGCCGAACCGGAACCAGCAAACAUGCACCGUAAACUUCAACGUCAGUUGACACUGAAUCCAAGUUGCGAUCUACGUCUUAAUCAAUUACGAAGGUACCAACAACAAUCCAAUCCGAGUAGAUUACCCGCGACGGUGACUAGAACUCAGCCACAUUCUGCCUCGAUGCAGAAUCAAUCGUUGACCAGGAAUUCCAACUAUGAUUCUUUGGCUUAUUCUAAUUUGAUGAGUUGGGAGCAGCCACAUCAUCAUCAGCAUCACCGUCAACAGCAUCAUACAUCCCAACCACAACCACACCCACAACAUCAACACGUCACUCGUAUAGCUUCAGCGCCUGAUUCUUACCGACCUUGGCCUAUCAACACCAACCAACAACAGCAUCCAUCAGCCUCGUCAUCCUCAAGUCAUCAACGACUCGGUGCAUCCGACUCGCAGCUGAAUCUUCAAUGGGACGCUCGUCGUCACUUGCACUAUCACUUGUCAAGUAUCUUUCCUGAGGAACAAGUUCAAGCUGCAAUGGCCCUGAAUCCACGUGAAACUGAUCCUCAGAAAAUUUGCGCGGCUAUUCUCGCUAUGUUUCCCAAUGCUUGAAUUGAUCACCUUACACUCUCCAUGAGAAUGUUAGCCAAAGUACCCAAUGUAUAGAACUCAACAAGCUCACACACGUAGGGCAUUAACGAAACAUUCUUUUUUCGGCGAUACGAGAUCUGUUUUCUCUCCCUUUUUAUGUAUAUUAUAAUCUCUGUUGCAUUUAGUUUGUUCAUAUUGCAGGAUUUUAAAGAGAUUUAAUUCCUUUUCUUUGAUAUACUGACUCACAUUGAGUUAUACCAGUAUCUAUAUAUGUCAUAUAUUGUAGAAUUUUUAUCUUUUGUAUCGGCAUUGUAACAUGGCAUUUAUGUAUUCAUUCAGAACAUUUAUUUUUAUUUUCUUUGUUUUUUUUUAUUAUGAAGCGUCUGUAGCUAAGUGAUUUUUUUGUAAACUUUCGUUUUGUUUCCAAAGAUAUAUUAAUUUAUAUUUUUUAUUAAAGCCAACGCUUUUCCUGAUUGCUUAUCGUAUAAGUCUUUCCAGUGAAGAUUUAUUUAGUGUUUCACUGGCGGUUAGUUUUUUUUGUUUACUGAAAAUUAAGCGAUUUCUUAGUAAUCAGCUUAUGCUACAAAUUCGAAAAUUUUGCUGUUAUAAGCAUAUUAGAAUUUGCAAUUAUUUUUGCAGUAGAGAAUGAAUAAUAAAACAAUUUUUACGCCAGCUAUAAUAUUUAGUGGCUGUGAAUUGAAAAAUAAAACCCAGUGAGUUAUAUGUUGUAUACAAAAUGGCACAGAUGUAUUAUUAAUUAGAAUUGAUAAUUGUAAAAAAUAACGCAACUUUUUUCAUCGAAGAGAAAAUAUAAGAUUUAAAGAAUUAUUAAAAAUAAUCUAUAAUGUAGAAUGUAUCAACGUAAACGAUUGGUUCCUUUACAGAUGUAACAGAUAGAAAAUGCUUAAAAUUCAGGUAGACUAGUUUUAGCAAACAAUGAUUCCUACAAGAAAUCACUUUUAACUAAUAACAAUAAGGGAUUAAAAUGCAGUUAUUGCAUUUAUUUUAUUAUAGCAUAUCAAGCUACUUAAACAGUUAUGUACAUUUGUAUGAAAAAAAAUGUUUUUGUUAUUUUUAUCAAUAAAUUAUAGUAUAAAGAUAAUUGUAAUUUUUUAACAGACUUUUAUUUUGUUUUGACAUAAUAUUACAAAUUGAUAAUUUCCAUUUUGCAAAUGCAUCAAAAUGCAAGAUGAGUAAUUGGAUCGCAUAUCUUUGCAAGAUUUACGGCAGCAGUAUUAUUUUUUAAGCGUAGAGUUUUCUCGUAUUUUUAUUUUUGGAAAUUUGUGUAAUUGUGUAACACACAUAGUCAAAAAUUUACAUAAAAUGAAAACAUCUUUUACAUGCCUGCUGAAAAGAACUAUUUAGUACGUCAUCUAAUUUAAUUAUGCAUAUCUUCAACCCCCUGAAUAAACAACGUCUACAUGAAUCAAUACGACUAAAUUACAGACUAUGCAUCCUUAAUUAUAAUUUCAAUAGUUUUUUUCUUCGUGAUCCAUCAGACGUCUUUCAGCGAUAUUGACUUGUAUACAGCUCUAUAUAAUAUGCCUUCGAUAGGGUGCGCAGAAGUGAUAAUAUCUUUAAUUAUUUUUUAUUGAAGGAAAAAAGGAGAUUAAAAAAAAGCAUAUGUAACAACUUGUUCUGGACAAUACGAAGUCUUAAAAUAGUUUUUUUACGGUCUUGCAUGAUCAAUUUUUUAUCUUUUAGGCGAUUGAUGGACAUGCGAAAAUUCGUAUUUAA